GCAGCUGACGGAGCUGUUCAGUUCAGCGUUCGCCGGGCUUCGCCUCCCAGUCAGUCCGCCCCGGCGAAGCCGCCCAGGCACCGCGCUCUUCCCUGUUCCCCGCGCAGCCCGAGGUGCAGACGAAGAGCCGCCGGCGCCCGGGCGCUCGGUCGUCCCUGCCAACUCUCCAGCAGCCCGCGUCGGGCUCGGCCCCCGGGCCCAGGGGUACCAUGGUCUGCAAGACGCUCUUCGCCUUUUGCAUCUUCACCGCAGGUUUGAGGGUCCAGAGUCUGCCUUCAUCAGCCCCCUUGCCUGUCUCUCUUCCUGCAAAAACUACAUCGCCGACGGCCAUCUGGACUAGCUCGCCACAAAACACUACUGCAACCACCGCCUCGCCCACCAGUGGCACACACAGCAACUCAUUACGACCCGUGACAUCGUCGGCCCGAACAUCUCCGCUCCCAAAAGACAAUUCCACAGAGCCGAGAGAGGAGAAGACCACCCAGCAGGCUUCACAUUGGGAAGGCACAAGCAUAGAUCUUUCAUCUCCUGGGGUCUUGACAACCAGCACCGGAGUCCACUCAACAUCCACACCUACAGAACCCAGCUUAAGCCCUUCUGGUGCAAGUGUGUCAUCUACAGGGUCCCAGUCACCAGCUGAGCCUACCACACUCAUCUCCCCUGAAGCACCAGUCUCAUCACCCUCACCUUUAUCAACCUUAUCACCCGAGGGCCCUUCUGCCUCUGUCACCACUGACCAUGGCUUAGCAGUGACCGGCACCAAGCCCCAAGGAACCCUGAGCUCAGCUGUAUCCUCAACAGAAGAGCAUACUUCAGGCCACACACCUACUUCACAUGCUACUACUGAGCUGGCGAUCAAGAAGACAACGGCCCAGGCCACUGUGCCAACCACGGUCAACUGUGAGCUGACAGGCAUUGAGACUACCACUGCCUCUCCAGGGGUGAUCAUGGAGCAAGUCGAACAUGCAUUAAGUUCAGGCAGCAUUGCCGCCAUUACCGUGACCGUCAUCGCUGUGGUGGUGUUGGUGUUUGGAGUUGCAGCGUAUCUGAAGAUCAGGCAUUCCUCCUACGGACGGCUUUUGGAUGACCAUGACUACGGAUCCUGGGGGAACUACAACAACCCUCUCUACGACGACUCCUAACAAAGACCCUUGGCCUUCAUGGAGAAUGAACUGUUCUUUAUUUAUAAGCGCUUCUCCAGUAGAAUUCAUCACGAGUACCUGAUGCGCAUUGAGAGACAAUCUUAAGCCCUGUUUUGUUGGUCUGGUUGUUUUUGAUUCCCUCCCUUCCCUCUGGCUGCCACAGCACCCCCUUCUGUUACAAAAAGAACCAGGGCUUCCAGGUGAGUCCGCGGAGGCUUGCUUGCUUCUGAAAUGGGUCUGCCUGGAGGGGCCAGGCCCCUCCUUCUGGGCCCAAGGGGCUUCGGUCAAGACAGGACCCACUCUGAGAGGGACCGAGGAAGAGGGCCUGGGUUAGGUUUAUUGGAGGGUUGCUUUAAGGGGAGGGUUUUUCUUGUUGUUGUUCAUAGUGGUUCCUUAAACUUUUCUGUAGAAAAUCACAUUAAAUAUCAAUGAGGCAAAAAAA